AUGGUCAUUGCGCAAAAGCGUCUCAUCAGUAUGUCCUACGAGACCAACACGCACUGGACGUUGACAGCGAUUGUUCUCCUAGGCUUUCUGGUUGGGAUUGUGUCGUCUUAUCCUCUUCCAAGCAGGACUAAUGCAACUUUACUGGAGAAGAGAUGGGAGACCCUAUUCUCCCGUUCCGUUUUGGGCAUUUCGGGGGAGAAAUCAGACCUAAACUGGGAGAGUGACUAUUUGCUGGGUAUCAAGAGAGUGCGGAGGCUGUACUGCAACGUGGGCAUCGGGUUUCACCUCCAGGUCCUCCCAGACGGAAGGAUAAACGGUGUUCACGAUGAGAGCCAGUACAGUCUAAUAGAGAUCUCGACGGUAGAACGAGGAGUGGUUAGUCUGUAUGGGGUGAAAAGUAAGCUGUUUGUCGCAAUGAGUAGCCGAGGAAGGUUAUACGGAACGAGAGUCUUCCGGGACGAGUGCAAAUUCAAGGAGACCCUUCUGGCGAACAACUAUAAUGCCUACGAGUCUUCCAUUUACCAGGGUUUCUACAUUGCGCUCAGCAAGCACGGACGGCUGAAGAGAGGCUACAAGGCCACCACUGCUAUGACUGUCACACACUUCCUCCCCCGAUUAUGA